UUUCAUACCUAGUCAAUAUCAAGCGUUACGCUUCUGUACCCAAAUUCUAGGCUUUAUGAAAUUGGGUACUUCGUUUCGUAGGAUAGGAGUACGAUCUCGUGUGUUCAUUCGGUGUUUUGGUAUUGAAAUGGUGAAUAGGGAUGCAGUGCACACCAUAACUGAAAGUGAUCCUAUUGUAGAGAUUUAGUGAUGAUUCUAGAAAGGGUAUCAUUUAUCAUUUCGUCAGCAGAGCAUUUUUUUCCGGUUACCAGAAAUGAUGGGUCAAAUAGCAGUAUUAGUAAUAAUAUUUUACCACCUGAAGAUUUUCUAGGAUUCACAUACGAAUAUUGCAAGAAAGAGAGAAAUUCUAAAUUAAUUCAUAUAGAAGGAAUGGAAACUAAAAUGAAGAUGUUGAUGGGUAUUGGUGGCAAAACAAUUGCUUCAUUUGCAAACGGAAAAGAAGCCUUCAUCAUAGAUGCAUCGUUCUACAUAUGUCCUGGAAAUUACCAAACUUCAAAUGGAAACUGCGACCAGCAAUUAAUCCCAAUGUAUUUAGAUGUUCUUGAACACCUGUGCUUUCUAAAACCCAUGAAGUCAAAUCAAAAUUAUAUAUGUUUAAGCGCACAAUAUUCAGUCACGUUAAAAGAAAACAACAAUGGUGCAGUCAUUUGCAGGUCGGAGAGUCAAUUAGGUAGUCCAGUUCUACUAUCCUUGAGAAGUUUCGAUAAGUUUUGCUCGGAAUUUGGGCAUGGGAAAUUCGUUUAUUAUCCAGAUAAGAACAGAAAUGAUAGUGUUGAACUCCCACAUAGAAAUCCGUUCGUUACAUGCUUAAACGAUCACAGUACUGACUUUUGUAAAUUCACUGUUUAAAAUAGAUUGUAAUUGAAAUAAAGGAUGAAUGUCGAGUUA